CCCCGGGGCUCGGGGACAGGGAGGGUGACAGGGCCACCCGCCACCUCGGCUGGAUGUAGGAGGCCCAGCCGGAGUCCCCCCCAUCCCUGCGGUGGGCGAGGACGGGGACCCCCACCCCCGUACCCCACCAACCCUCGGGGCCACCAUGAAGGACCGGCUGGAGCAGCUCAAGGCGAAGCAGGAUGUGGACGAUGACACGGAGGAGCUGGAGAUCGCCGUCGACAACACGGCGUUCAUGGAUGAGUUCUUCGCGGAGAUCGAGGAGACCCGGCAAAACAUCGACAAGAUCUCGGAGAACGUGGAGGAGGCCAAGAAGCUCUACAGCAUCAUCCUCUCGGCCCCCAUCCCUGAGCAGAAGACCAAAGACGACCUGGAGCAGCUGACAGCAGAGAUCAAGAAGAUGGCCAACAGCGUCCGCAACAAGCUGAAAAGCAUGGAGAGGAACAUUGAGCAGGAUGAGGCACGGUCCUCUGCUGACCUCCGGAUACGCAAGUCCCAGCACUCGGUCCUGUCCCGCAAGUUCGUUGACGUCAUGACCAAGUACAACGAGGCACAGGUGGAUUUCCGGGAGCGCAGCAAGGGCCGGAUCCAGCGCCAGCUGGAGAUCACCGGCAAGAACACGACAGACGAGGAGCUGGAGGAGAUGCUGGAGAGCGGGAACCCCUCCAUCUUCACCUCGGGGAUCAUGGACUCGCAGAUCUCCAAGCAGGCGCUGAGCGAGAUUGAGGGGCGGCACAAGGACAUUGUGCGGCUGGAGAGCAGCAUCAAGGAGCUGCACGACAUGUUCGUCGACAUCGCCAUGCUGGUGGAGAACCAGGGUGGGCUCCUGGAUAACGUGGAGCAGUACGUGUUGCACACCAGCGAGCACGUGGAGCAGGCAAACGAGGGGGUCAAGAAAGCUCUUCUAUACCAGGGCCAGAGGCGCAAGGGAGCCAUGAUCGACCGCAUCGAGAACAACAUGGACCAGUCCGUCGGCUUCGUGGAACGGGCCGUGGCCGACACCAAAAAGGCCGUGAAGUACCAAAGUGAGGCCAGGAGGAAGAAGAUCAUGAUCAUGAUAUGCUGCAUCAUCCUCGCCAUCAUCUUGGCUGCCAGCAUUGGGAGCAUCUUCGCCUGAGACCCCCCCCCAGCAACCCGCUGCCCUCCAGGUGGCCUUUCCCCCCUCCUGUCCCGCCGCCAGGAUGAUCCUGCCCUCAUCCACCUGCGGCUCCAGCCAUCGGAAAGACCCCCCCACACCGUGACCACCAGCCCUGGGACCCCCCCUCGUCCCCGAGGACAUCCCACCGCGCGUCCCCGGAGGAGCAGCCACCACCUGCCCUGCUGUCCCCGUCCCUCCCACCGCCCCAAAGUCCCCCCCUUUGCUCCCCGUGGCCCUGGGUGGCACAG